GGUUCUGAAGCUACCUUCUGAAGCUACAGUCCAACUUCGGUUUUAUGAUAAAGUUGGAGGUAUUGGAUCUUUGCUCUGCACUUUUGGAUGUCACCACACUUGGAUUCAUAGGAAUAUAUCUGAUCUGCCGAGCGUGAAUAAUCUGCCAAGUUUUCGUCAGGUGAAAAGGACGGUUAUUUUGCGUGACCUCAGCCUUGGAAUUGUUGGAUAUCGUGGAUUAGUAAUGAUGUAUUGAAAUUGGAGGGAAUUCACCGUGAAUCUUGGAUUAUGAUCAAGGUAUACAUGUACACAAGUGGCUUCCUGUAGUUUCCAAGAUUAGGAGCAAUCACAUACCAGUAAUCGUUUAGCUUGAGUGGAUCAGGAACGACAGAGCGUCCUCCGUUUUGGGUCUGGUGUGGUCAACAUGCCGAUCCCAGUUGGGGCAAGUCGAGACCACUACCGAGAACAACCCUUCAGUCCUAAUGGUGCUGCCUACAAUGGCGUAAAUGGUAUGGAUAGAUCCAGUAUGAGUAAUGGUUACGGGCCCAGCCAGUCCAUCUACAGAAACUCCAACGGCCCUGGUCGAUCUAAUGGCCAAUACAGCUCAGGUUAUGGCGACCCACGCGACGACCCCCGAUUAGCUGCCCACAGACACUCACAGAUCGACCCCAAUAGACCCAUGCAAAGAGAACCCAGCCGACCCAUCUACAGAAACCCUAUGGUGGGCAAGUCCAUGGAGGGGAGGGGUGAGCCACAGAGGGAGACACACAGGGACCCACACAGGGAGCCACAUAGGGAGGGGAGCAGGGAGGGGCAGAGAGAACCCCAGAGAACGGCAGCCCCACCCCCGGUGGAAGUUGAAAUCAAUCCACAGACAGAUGUCUACGUGCAGCAGGGGCGUUUCCCUAUUGAGCAUUUGUGCACAGUCACCAUGGAUCGUAAGGAAGGAUUGAUGACUGUGGAGGACGUGAUCCGUAAGGUGCAGAAGCUGGAUGCCAAGGGACAGAUCUGGUCUCAGUUCGUGGUGCUCACUAUCGCAGACAGGGAUAUUAAAUUCAUCGAUGCUACAACAAGAGGAGAGUUGGAGGUGUUUUCUAUGAAUGAUAUCAGUCUGGUGUCUGCCGAGCUGCAUCAGAGUAACUACGACAGUCUGCUGAUUAUUCAGAUCAAGUUCAGCGGAGAGAAGCACCCACAGAGCUAUGUCUUCCAGUGUGAUCAGGUUCCGGCUGAGGUCAUUGCCAAGGAGCUUCAGAAGAACAUUGACUACACCCACGGAAGACGAAAGAGAACAACAAGGCCGGAGGUCCGGUCUGACUACAGAAAUGCCAACUAUCAGGAUCGUCAGAUGUACAUCCCUCCUCCUCCUGAUGAGCCUGCCCCUCUGCCUCCCUCUGAAGGCAACGUCCGUGACAAGGUGGCUGCGUUUGCAGCAGCUGCAGCCAUGGCUCAGGCAAGCGGAAGUAAUGUGAACCGUGGGUUCCAGUAUCCCAAGUCCAUGCCGACGCGUAACUCAGAGAGCGAUGAGCCACUGGAGCUGAUUGCACUCAGGACUGAGAGAGACGUGGAAAUUCUGAACCACUGUUUUGAUGAGAUUGAGGCCUUCAUUGGGCUACUGCAGAAGGCAGCUGAGGCUUACACAGAGCUCGGCCGUCGUCGUAAAGCACGCAAGAGCAAGAAGAGAGAACCAGGUGACGGCCUGCUGCUGGCUCGAUCUCGACCCCCGCCAGAAUCCGAAUAUAUCGAGUGCUUCAAAAAGUUCAAAUUCUGCUUCAACUUGCUGGCAAGACUCAAGAACCACAUCCAUGACCCCAACGCUCCCGAGUUGAUCCACUUCCUCAUGGUCCCCUUGGAGCUGAUCAUCAAGAGCUGUGCAGGAACCGACUUGGCAGCCAACAUCGUCUCUCCUCUCCUGACCCCUCAAAGUGUCGACCUCUUGAAUAACUGCUUGACCUCCCGUGAAGCUGACCUGUGGAAGUCAUUGGGUCGCGCCUGGUCUGUGCCCUCUACGGAGUGGCCCAAGGAGCGACCGGUUCCCCGCUAUACACCCUACUUCCAUGAUGGCUGGACACCACCUGCUCUGCCUGACAAUCCUAGGCUGGAGGUGAACGCUGCUGUGGCUGCCAGUGCUGCUGCCGUCGCCCGCGGAGAACUCAGGGACCGUGUCCCAAGUGGUUCAGAUUACUCCGAGGGCGCUUACAAUGGCAACAAACGUAACAGCAACAGUAGCAGUGUGUCAGACCAGCUGCGUCCAAGCACCUCAAGGAUUCAAGACAACCCGCCCCUGGUCUCCGCCAAACCUCCAGCCAAUGUUCCCCUCCCUCCUGGGGUCAAAGGUUACGUCAAGCCACUCUUUGACUUCGUAGCUCGCAACGUCAAAGAGCUGACCAUCAUGUCUGGCGAAAAACUUGAGCUCUUGGAGGAUAAUCGCAAGUGGUGGAAAGUCCGCAACUCCUCAGGCCAGUACGGCUACGUUCCCUCCACCAUCCUGAGUGUCAUCACACCCAACCAACAACAACAACAACAACAACCAACACGCAACCCCAACUUCAACUCAAACCAUCACGCCCCUUCCCCUCAGACCCCGCCCACACCCCCGCUGCUGGGCGCUUCCACUUCCUUUGACCAAUCCUUCAACAGCAGCAGCAACUCUAUGCAACUGAGGGCCAUGAACCAGGCUCCGCCCCCACCCCCUCCUCCCCCGGGACCAGCGCCACCACCUGCUCCUCUCAUCAGAGAACACAACAGCCUUGAUUUUGCCACUCAACUGAAGAACACACUGCGCAAGAAGGAACUUCAGAGGAAGGGAGUGAACGUUGAAGAUUUAAUCCCAAACCGUGCAGAGAAGACGCACACAGAUCUGCAUGAGGAGUUGAUGAAGCGAGUCAACCAGGGCCCGCCAAGGAACUUCAACAUCCGACGUACCUCGGGAGCAAGUGUCAACAUCAACUACCUGUCAUCGGCAGACGAUGUCACUAAGUGGCUACAGAGUAAAGGCUUCAGCAAACUGACUGUGGACAGCCUGGGAGUCUUGACUGGUGCUCAGCUUUUCAGCCUGACCAAGGAAGAGCUGCGUCAGGUUUGCUUUGACGAUGCCAACCGCGUCUACAGCCAGCUGAUGGUGCAGAAAUCAGGCCUAGAGGAUAAUACCAACACAUCCUCUGAACUCAAGGCUAUAAUGGACAGACGGAAAGUUCGCUCUAUCUCCGACAAUUCCAGCGAGCACGACAACUCACCGUUCAACUCGCCCCCGCCCGAUUUCAAUCCCGCGGCACCGCCCGACUCGGCAGCAUUUUGGUAACUACUCCACUCAACCAGGCGGCCUGUCCAGCCGAAGCCACACAACCGAUAUCUUAUACUGAUUUGCAUGUCGCCUUGUCCCAUCAUGCUUUGCUCUCUGGAAUCAAAAUGGCCGCCACCUGCUCAGAAGAAGAAAAUAGAACGCAUUUCGGCUGAUGUUUAGUUAUCGUCAUCAUGCCUUCCAUGCUAUUUGUAGUCAAAAUAGAGUUGCUAAUUUUCCUUAUUUCUUUUUAUAUUUUUGGGGUUGUAAUCUAUGUGCGGUAAAAGGAUUUGUAUAAAUAAUCAGUCACUUUCUGCAGAUUGCCACGUGCAUCAGCGAUUUGGGAUUCAAAUUUCCCUGACGCACAUCUGCUGUGCCGUGUUUCGAAGAAAUUUUGAGGAACAUGCGCACAUGUUUGGAACAUUUUUCACACUGCGCGUACAUGCAUGGCGUUGGAUACUCAAUUGUAAUUUGCCUACCAAGAUGGCUGUCUAUGAGAGGGGUCUAUUUGACAUUAUCAUGCUGCCACCAUUUCAGUCAUGUUCCCUGUAUCCACUAACAGUACUGAAUGACAUUUUUUUUUUUGCAAAAAGGAACCAGACUAUUUUUCCUUCCAGCCUCACUUUGGUUACGUUGAUUUGAAUGGAAAAAAAUCAAGAUGGCCGCAACAUGAUAAUGGUCUAUUGGCAGACUAUAAUGUAGCAUUCAUUGAUAUUGUUAAUUGAGGGCGCUUCAAGCAAAUCUGUCGUCAGUUUAGAAAGCUAUAAAAUUGCUAAAUAAUGAAAGGUUUGCGGAAACACCAUGUGCGAAUAAUUUCUCAACU